AUGCAACAGAAGCAGCCCCUGGGCACGCGCAGCCCCUUGCCCACCUGCCUGCUUCCAGGGGAAAUAUUAAAUCUGAACCAUUCAGCGAAUUCCCGGGGCCCGUCCAGCAGCAGAGGUGGGCGAGGAGCGGCGGCGGAGCGACGGCGGCAGGAGGAGCAGCAGCAGCAGCAGAAGCGGCCGCGGAGCCCGGCAGGCCGCACCGACCCGCCGACGGAGCCCCAGCCGGCCGGCCGGCGGUCAGGCUAUCAUUUCCCUGACUGGGCGUACAAGACCGAAUCCAGCCCGGGCUCCCGCCAGAUCCAGCUCUGGCACUUCAUCCUGGAGCUGCUGCAGAAAGAGGAGUUCCGGCACGUGAUCGCCUGGCAGCAGGGCGAAUACGGAGAGUUUGUCAUCAAGGACCCGGACGAGGUGGCCCGGCUGUGGGGCCGGAGGAAAUGCAAGCCCCAGAUGAACUACGACAAGCUGAGCCGGGCUCUCAGGUACUACUACAACAAGCGGAUCCUGCACAAGACGAAGGGCAAGAGGUUCACCUACAAGUUCAACUUCAACAAACUCGUGAUGCCCAGUUACCCCUUCCUUAACCUCCGCCCCACCGGCGCCGUGCCCCAGAGCGCCCCUCCGGUGCCCACGGCUGCGUCCCGCUUCCACUUCUCCCCCCUGGAGGGCCAGUCGCCCAGCGAGGACUCCCAACCGGGCUGCUUCUCCGGCAGGGCCCUGGGGCCGCCGGGCCAGGAGGGGCUCAGCAACGGCAGCGUGGAUGAGAAGGCGUCUCCGGCGCUGGAGCUGGACGGGGGCUCGCCCGACUGGCACCGCAGGGUCGACCUCCUGGCCUCCCGCAACACGGCGGCCGCCCCGGGCACCGUCGGGCACCCGAAGCGCAAGUCGGACCUGGUGCUACCCAUCUUUGGCCGGGCCGGCCUCUACCCAGACACGCACAGCCCUUUCGCCGGGUCGCCCCUCCCUCCCCGCGGGGGGGUGCUCAACAUGCCCCUCUCCCCCGCCCUGUCGCUGACGCCCACCCUCUUCUCCUACAGCCCCUCCUCGGCCAUGAGCCCCUUCGGGCCCGGGGGCGGCAGCUGCUUCUCCUUCAGCCCCGAGGAGAUGAAGCGCUACCUGCACUCGCAGGCCUGCUCCGUCUUCAACUACCACCUCAGCCCCCGGACCUUCCCCCGCUACCCCAGCCUCCUCAUCCCGCCCCUGCCCUGCCAGCCGCCGCCCCCCGAGGAGCAGGCCCCCUUCCCCAUCAAGCUGCAGCCCCCGCCCGCCGGGCGCAAACACCGGGAGCGGCACGAGAGCGAGGGGGGCACCGGGCCGCCUCUGUCGCCCCCACGGAUCAAGCUGGAGCGGCCCUUCGAUCAGGAGCCCGGCAGCACCGACUCCCCGGAGGGGGUCCCGGCGGGGCGGGAGGAGAGCGAGGGCUCGGCCCCUCCGCCCCUCCACCCGGAGCUGCCCCAGGAGAAGACGCCCUUCCUGCACCCGGCCGCCCCGGCUUGGCCUGGCACUUCCGUGGUGCCUGGCCUGGCCAAGAAGCUGAAGCAGGAGGAAGGGGCCGCCGAGAAGCCCCCCGCGCAGGAGCCCGGGGUGGAGCCGGGGCCUCUGGAGAAGAGGGAGGACGCCCUCAUGCCCCCCAAGCUGCGCCUGAAGCGUCGCUGGAACGGGGACCGGCUGGCCGAGGGCCCCGAGCAGGCCCCGAGCAGGAAGCCCUCCUGGGCCGGCAGCCUGGACACGCCCCACAUCCUGCUGGCCCCCAAGGCUGCGGUGGAUACUUAG